AUGGUGGUCGCAACAAUCAAAUGCGUUGUCGUCGGUGACGGUGCUGUCGGCAAGACAUGCCUGCUCAUCAGCUAUACCACAAACAAAUUCCCCUCCGAAUAUGUCCCGACAGUAUUCGACAACUACGCAGUCACCGUCAUGAUCGGCGAUGAGCCGUACACACUGGGACUGUUCGAUACGGCCGGUCAAGAAGACUACGACCGAUUGCGGCCCCUAUCAUACCCACAGACCGACGUCUUCCUCGUUUGCUUCAGCGUCACCUCCCCCGCAUCGUUCGAGAACGUCCGCGAGAAAUGGUUCCCCGAGGUGCACCACCACUGCCCUGGCGUCCCUUGCCUCAUUGUCGGAACACAGGUCGAUCUGAGGGAUGACCCAAGCGUGCGGGAGAAACUGGCCAAGCAGAAGAUGCAACCGGUGCGGAAGGAGGACGGCGAGCGCAUGGCAAAGGACCUGGGCGCUGUGAAGUAUGUCGAGUGCAGUGCUCUGACGCAAUACAAACUCAAGGACGUGUUUGACGAGGCAAUCGUUGCGGCUUUGGAACCCCCAGCACCAAAAAGUAAGAAGCAUAAGUGCUUGGUGCUCUAA